AUGUUUUCCCAUCAUGCUUUUGUAAAGAAAACAUGGCGAGCACGUUUAGGAAGCCGAAAAGGAACUUUCGGCGGAAAGUUGAAGUUAAUGAUUCGGAAGAUGAAGAAAAUAGCAAUUUGAGUAAUGCAUGUGAAGCAGAAAAUAACGAAGAUUCGUCUGAAGUUCCUGAGACGGCUGUUGUUAAAAAGGAGAAGAAGAAAAAGAGCGGGAAAAGCAAGGUUGUAGUGCCGGCGAGUAUCCUCAGUUUUGAAGACGAAAAUGAAGAAGGUGAAGUUUUUAAGGUGAAGAAACCUAGCCACAGCAGGAGAGUUGCAAAGCAGUUGAAGAAGGAGAGAAAAAAGGAGAAGGAAGAACAAGAGAAGAUUGAAACAAAGGAAAAAGAACAAGAAUUAAAGAAAGAAAAGACAGAAGAUGGUGACAUUUACAGUGGUGAUGACAUGGAUGUGGACAGUAAUGGAGAGGACAGCGAGGGGGACAAACCAAAGCGCUCAGGAGGUGGCGCACACGUGUUCAAAGCUGUGCUUGAAAGGGGUGAAAUCCCUGAUGCUCAUCUUAUCCACAUGGCUCGCAAGAGAAGGCAGAUGGCUAGGGAGAUGGGGGAUGUGAUACCACUGGAUGACACUGUGAAAGUGGAAAAGGCUAAUUCAAGACUGGUUAGGGAUGAUGAAAAUGAUGUAAGUGACGAAGAAGAGGAGAGAAUUGACUUCACUGUGAACACCUUGGCCAAGGAGAGACAGAAAAUUAAGGAUGAUUUCUUAGCAGCAGAGCAUGGUAGUGAUGAUAGCGACCAUGAAAGAGAAUGGGAAGAACAGCAAAUACGGAAAGGGGUCAGCCUGCCACAGAUUCAAUCAAACCAACAGCCUUCCUACAGCUAUGACCAGUAUUACUCUCAGUCAGCAGCUGUGCAGGAUUCCUACUCCUCCUCCUCUCCCUCCCCCUACACUGCCCAGGGAGCCAUAAAUGGGUCAACUCCAGCAGGGGUGCCAGCAGGUUUCAGCAGGUCUGCUACAUAUGUGGGAGCAGGAGAUAAGCGGGUGGGUCCACCCAAAGAGCUCCCCCCAAUUACUGUAGGGGAUGUGACAAGGAGGCUGAAGGAAAGGCUUGAAUCUUUGCAGCAGGUUCACAGGGCCCGUGUCUUAGAUGUCCAAAAAAUGGAGGACAACAUCAAGUUCAGUGAAAGCACCAUCACAAAAUGUGAAGGAGACAUCGGUGCUUUGGAAGAACGUUAUAAGUUCUUCCAAGAAAUGAGGGGGUAUGUUCGCGACUUGGUUGAAUGUCUUAAUGAGAAGGUACCUGCUGUUAAUGCUUUGGAAGCUAGCAUGCUGAACUGUUUGAAACAAAGAGCAGAGAAGUUGGUGAAAAGGAGACAAGAAGAUGUCAAAGACCAGUCUCAGGAAUACAUAACAAACAAGAGUUCCACAGCCCAGGUUCCAGCAGUGGAAGAGGCUAGGCAAAGAAGAGUUGCUGAAAGAGAGGCAAGGAGGGCUAGAAGAAGAAGGGCUCGUCAAAGUCAGAACAUAGCCAAUCACCAUGAAGGUUUAUCUUCUGAUGAUGAAGAAAGUCAGUUGGAUAUCACAAAGGCUAUAGUAGAAAGAGAUCGCAUACGGACUGAGUCCCAAAAACUUUUUGAAGAUGUAGUCGAUGAGUUCUGUAAACUAAAACUGAUCAAAGCCAGGUUUGAAGAGUGGAAGGAUCUCUAUGGAGACACUUAUAAUGACGCCUACAUAGGGCUUUGUCUACCAAAGUUAUUUUCCCCCUUAAUCAGACUUGAUUUAAUUGAAUGGAACCCUUUACAAGUUAAUUGUCCUGACUUUGAAGAAAUGAGGUGGUACGAGACUUUAAUGUUUUAUGGUUACAAGGAGGGCCAACAACUGGAGGAUAGUGAUCAAGACUUAAAGCUGCUCCCCACUAUAGUGGACAAAAUACUUCUUUCUAGAAUAAAAGCUUUAGUGGAGGAUGUCUGGGACCCCAUGUCCAGUUCAGAAACCACAAACCUGGUCAGAACAGUUAGGAAACUGGCCACAGACUAUCCCUCGUUUUCAUCAGAUAGCAAGAAUACGCAGGCCUUGGUACAGGCAGUAGUGAAAAGGAUGAGGAAAACACUGGAUGAUGAUGUAUUUAUGCCUCUAUAUCCAAAACAAGUUUUAGAAGAUAGAAAAUCUGGGGCCUGUGCAUUUUUCAAUAGACAGAUGUGGACUUGUAUAAAGUUAUUAAACAACAUUUUGAAAUGGUCGGGCAUCUGUGAUGAUGGUGUCCUACAAGAGAUGGCCCUGGACAGUCUUCUCAAUAGAUAUAUUAUGCUGGGGCUUUCCAACUCCGAGAUCAAUUCCAGUACAUUAGAAAAAGUCCAGGUGAUUACAUCCACAUUUCCCAAAGAUUGGUUUAGUGGGCUGCAGGAUGAUAAUACUCUUCCACAGCUACAGUCUCUCUGUAGGUUCCUAGUACAUGCAGCCAAUAGUCUAGAUAAAAAGGCAGAUACUGGGAAAGAAAGUGAUAAAAAGGAAACCAGGGACCUCAUCAAGCAAGUCAGCAAGCUCUUAGUGAAUAUUCAUGCAUUGGACCAUGCACUCUCAUUAGCUAGCCAAUUUGGUCUCAGGAUAUAAAAUAUUAGUGGAUAUUCUCAUCCAAUCAGCUAGACUCGUACAAACAUACAUGCAAGUAUGACCACCAUGGUUGCCUAUCACAGCUGCUGUAGCGUUCACUUUUCUCAGGAAGGGAGGAAAACAUUUCAAAACUCUGGAAUUAUUCUACAACUUAAACGGCUAUUAUUAUUUAUUUACUUUGGCAAAAUUAAGGCCCAUUAACAGACACUUCGGUAUGGACUAUAUACAAGAUAUAAAAAAAAUUAUAUGUGAACUUGUAUUGAAUUUCAUGUCAGGUCAGGAAAGAAAUAGUGAUUUAUUUAAGUUUCUCAGUGUUUUAAGUUUCUCUCAAUUCUGAAUUUUGCCUUUCUUUAAACAAAUGACUUGUCAUAAAUUGGGCAUUUUUCGUGUGCAAUUACACAAAAAGAUUUAUCAUGAAAUACUUGUUCAAGAUGGUCUUUAAAUAUUUUACUGAAAUGUGAAUACGCUCACAAUGGCACCCAUUGGAGAAAUCUGUAAAUUUAUUACUUAUGCUAAUAAACAGACAUUGAAUAUUAAAAAUUUGUUUUAAUAAUUUUCAAGAUGAAAAAUAUAUUAUCAAGU